AUGUCAAGGGCACAAUUAACCGUUUUAAUAUACUUCAUAGUCUCCCAUGGGUUAUGCGAAAGUAUUCAAACCAUAGACGUUGGUAGGCCAGUUGAUCCAAAUGUAUUCGGAAUCUAUGAGAAUGUCAAGAAUGGAAGAUAUUACACUAUAAGCUACACUACGCAUAGUAACUACGUUAUUAUGAGAGUGAUAGAUGAAGGUGUGAUAAUAUGGCAGAGCUCUGAAGGGGAUACAAUUAGUGAUUUUUAUUUCGACUCAAAAUACGUUACUCCAAAUUUUUUUCAGAUUCUUGUAGUUGGUCGUGCAGGAGCAUACACCCUUAACUUUGUCAAGGCUCUAGAUAAGUGGGAAAUGGUUGAUGGUCAAUACGAUGUUUCAGAGAUUUUCAAGAAUCCAUCGGAUUACACCCUGAAUAUCCUUGCCCUUGAUAGCAACAUCGCAAAGGUCAAAAUGGAAGCUCUUGUCUCUGUUCACAAACAGGAGAAGGAUAUUUCUGUAGAACUAACUUAUAGGUCAACUGAAGGAGUUAAUUCCUCUUCUCACCAGAAUAAAGAUGAUGUCUUCACAAUACCCGUAGAUUUCUACCAUUUAAGCCCUGCAGUAAAUGUUAUAAAAGUGUACCAUGGUCAAGUGCCAAUUUGGGAACACGAGGGAACUGAGAUUUGUACCUCGGUAAAGAUUUUCCAUUUACAGUCCUGCAUGCCCGUUGUUUUACGCAUAGAAGAUGUGAACAUUCUGAAGUACGAGUAUAGGCUUCAAGAGGAUGGCAAAUACGGCGCAAUCACAGAGGAAGAUUUUAUUGAACUAAUCAAGAAAGAGUUUAGAGGUAAGGUUUCAUUAAAUGCCAAUAAUGGAAAUGCAGAAAUGUAUAACGCUAAAAAUGGGAAUGAAGAUGGCUCAAAAACCUCUGGAUUCAGACAGCCUACAUUUAUUUUUCUCACAAUGUUAUCGAUUCUCUGCAUUAAAUGA